GGCGUGUCCAAAUGGUCAGAAUGUAGGUCAGAGGUCAGAAACACAAGAGGGGCCAAAAUACAUCUAAAGUUUAAUGGUCGUCCUCUAGUACUGUAUGUUGUCUACUUUUGACCAUAUACUCAACUUCCAAAGUAGUCAACUGUGGAACCAAUUUUCAAGCAUCCUAAUUCGGCAAGCAAGUUGAAGAGCCUGAGUUGGACCAAUAGCACCUGAAACUACACAUUGACAACAACAACACACUGACUAUCUUUGACAAGACAACAAAAAGUUCCACGAUGGCGUCUGUGGGUAAACCCUACUGCAUUUCCUUCCAAAACAUCCAGGCCGCCCUGUCCACUGUCAGGCCUUUUGUCAAGAAAACCCCCAUCAUGACCUGUAGUCAUCUCAACCAGCUGUCCAACAGAAACCUCUUCUUCAAGUGCGAGAAUCUGCAGAAGACGGGAUCCUUUAAGUUUAGAGGUGCCUGCAAUGCUGUCUCCAAGGUAGUUUCGACCAAUCAGAAGAGCCCAGACAGAGAGCUGUCGGUUGUGACGCACAGCAGCGGGAACCACGCCCAAGCUGUCAGCCUGGCUGCCCAGGUACAGGGGGUGACAGCACACAUCGUCAUGCCCAGCAACUCCCCUGCUGUGAAGAAGGAAGCUGUCAGGAGUUACGGAGGGCUGAUUGUGGAGUGUGAACCAACAGAACAGUCUAGAGUGGCCACAGCUGACCAGGUGGCAGAAAGGACAGGUGCGACCAUGGUCCAUCCUAACCAGAGUCCAGAUGUCAUGGCUGGUCAGGGGACUAUGGUGUUUGAAAUCCUGGAACAGGUGGAGAGAGUGGAUGCCAUUGUGGUACCUGUAGGAGGAGGUGGGAUGUUGUCUGGUGUGUCAGUCGCAGCAAAGAAACUGUGCCCACAUGCUAAGAUCUAUGCUGCUGAGCCCAAGAACGCUGACGACUGUGCGGUCUCCAUGGCGAGGGGAGAGCUCACACCUCUGCCCGCCCCACCUGUCACCGUGUGUGAUGCACUCAAGACCAGCAUUGGUCCACACACCUGGCCAAUCAUCAGGGACCAUGUGGAUGAUGUCAUCACUGUCACAGAGGAAGAAAUCAAGGCAGCUAUGAGGCUGGUGUGGGAGAGGAUGAAGCUUGUGAUCGAGCCGUCAUCAGCGGUGGGUGUGGCAGCCGUGAUGACGGACAGGUUCCAAAGGCUCCCAGCUGACGGGCAUCAGAACAUCGUAGUCAUCUUAUGUGGAGGCAACGUGGAUCUGGAACACUUACCAUGGAUGAGAUGAAGAUAGUGCAUUUCUUAUUGUGUAAUGUUUCUACGAGGGGCUUCAAUAAGUAAUAACUCUGACCCACUUCCAGUUGUCUGAUCUAAAUGAAAUUUUGCAUGUGUAAUGAUUCAUAUCUCUAUAGUUUAUGUUGAACUGAG